UAGCUUUAGUCCAAUAAGUAGGUUAGUACUAGUCUGGCGUCUGUAUUUUAAAUCCUUUUUUUGGAUAAUUAGCAAAAUGAGGUACUUGACGUUUGGAUUACUGGUGUUUUGCGGAUUAUUUGAAUAUGGUUCCCCAAUAAUGUGCUACGAAUGCAACAGCGCCACCAACUCCCAAUGCCUCCAAAACGUCCUCCCUGAGAACCUCAAGCGCAACUGUUCGGAGCACGACCGCGGCGUGACGCAUACGCUGUGUCGUAAGAUCAUUCAACAUGUGGAUGUGGCUGUGAAUGGGCAGUUACCGGCCAGCAGAGUUAUUAGGAGCUGUGGGUGGGAUGAGACCAAAUAUAAGGGCGCCUGCUACCACCGCUCCGGGUACGGCGGCAGGCAAGAGGUAUGCUCCUGCACCAAGGAUCUCUGCAACGGGUCCAACGACGUCACCUCUAUAACCGCCCUCGCAUUCGCCUCGUCUCUCAUGACGAUACUCAAGCUCGUCUGCCAAUGACUUCA